AUGGAAGUCCGCCUUAUCAUCGUCUCGGGCCGCGCAGGCUCGGGCAAGUCGUCCACCGCCAACGAAAUGUCGGAGCAGCUCAAGCGCCUCGAGAUGCGCCACGCACACAUUGACUGCGACAACCUCGACGCCAUGUUCCCGGCCGACGAAGGCGCCGACAUGCUCCUGGCCAACCUGGCCGCGCUGUGGUCCAACUACUACCACCUGCGCGGCGUCGACCGCCUCAUCAUCUCGGGCACCGCCGCCGUGCUCGAGACGGAGCGCAUCGCACGGACGCUGCGCCGCGUCACCGCCUCGAUUCCCACGCUGCAUUUCCAGACGCCGCCGUCGCCGCCCAAGCAGCAGCAGCAGCAACAGCAGCAGGCGUCGUCGUAUCCCGGCGGAGGCAGCGGCAGCAGCAGCAGCAGCAAGGAGACGGGGGCGUCGCCGCCGCCGCGGCUCGGUGGCAAGGACGGUCGCAUGAUGCCCCCGGCGUCCGUCACCACCAGAGCCUUUAUACUGCAGGUCCCGGACGCCCUAGCGGAGAGGAGACUCAAGCAGCGCGAGGUCGGCUCGGAGCUGUCGCAGCUGCUCGCAAGCAGCCGGCGCAUGGCAGGCGUUCUAGAGAGCCAGGUCGGAGGGUGGGCGAGGCGUGUGCCGACGGACCAGAGAGAGGUCAAGGAGGUGGCGCUCGAAAUUCUGCGCACGGCUGGCUGGAUAUGA